AGUCGAUGAAUGCUCUUUGGAGAGUACAGUUUCGUACUUAUUCAGAUAUUGUUGGUAUCUCGAAUCUCAAAAUGUGUCUGACUAGAAAAGACGAUGACCAGGUUGCUUCAUUGGAACAUCUUCCAAUGCCAAUGACCUUUGAAGUCGAGCAAUUAACGAUGAGCAGCGAGAGGUUAGAACGUCUACAGGACAAAGCCGUGCGUAUGAUGACGUCAUAUGCAGAUCUGAUUAAUGACGAAAAGAAAGAGGUGGAAAAAGUGCGAGAGGACUUGAUGAUAGAGUUACGAGCUCUGGUGCCAGCUCAUCCAAAACUGAAAGAGAUUGAGAAAUAUAAUAGAAAUGGCGACAUAACAAGUUUAGACACUAUAUUUCUUGAAAAUUCUUCAGACAGAGCUCAAAAGGAUGCUUUAGAGCCCCUUAUUGGAGCAUGGAAAACUCUAAUGGAGUUUCAAGAUGUAAUCGAUGCUCUGAAAAAGUUCAAAAUCUACAAGCAAACUUCAUAGGUUAUCGCCCUUCUCUACGCAUUUCUUUAUACGUAUUGUAAGUACGAAAUGUAAGUACAUAUGUACACAUAUAAUUAUCAGAGUAGUAAUACCGAUUAGCAAGUAGAGUCAGAAAUCUGUCCAUAAAAUGCAUUUUAAACAUUAAUUAAUUGAUUCCUUGUUAGUAAUGGAAAAAUGGAAGUCCUAAAAACAGUUUAUGAAAUUCAUAAUUCCUUCAAAAUACUUUUAGAAAAACAUAAGUUUAUUCAAACAUAAAUUAAUGCUCCAAAUUGGCAUAAAUUUUAUGAGACUUGUCAUCACACGUGUCACCUUAUUCGUCAUUUCCUUAUUCGUAUUACACCCAUCUUCCUUGUCACAGAAGGAACAAACAAAUUUAGGAUCGGGACAGAGAUUAUUGUGAUACAUGUUAAAUGUACUUUUAGGAUCGUCCCCCUUAAAACCGCAACUUCUAAACUCCUAAAGGUGUCAGAAAUUUACUACCUGUUACAUAGUUUAGGGCAGAAUUUGCAUAAUGACCUUUGGAAGUUUGAAGUGUUUCAUGUCGUGCUUCGUGAUAUCCGUGUUCUCCGGAGACACCAAAUAUUCCUGGACGAGACUUUCGUUUAAGUGAUAUUGAAAACAGCCCUUGGUCGGUUUAUCCGUGUCAUUGUCAAUUUCUAAAACAGCUCUGAUCUUAGAAAAGAGUUUAUUGUGUAAAACUUGUUAGUAGAUAGCUCACUCCACGCAUUUGGACUGUGUUCUGGACAAUCUUGCAGAUAUCCGGCUGGAUUGUCACAUCCUUGUUUGCAGGAGUAACAUCGAUUCACCACUGUUAUCAUUCAAAUGAUGGAUAAUAAGAGUGUAUGAUAUAUGGAUCACAUGCAUAUGUACAUAUUUUGAAUAUUAUACCAGUUGCACUUUCCACAUUCAAAAAGUGGACGGUGACCAGUAGGGUGACGCAGUUCGAUACCGUUUUUCGUGGCAUGGCCCCCAUUCAACUAUGUAGAUAGUCUUGGUCCAAGGUCCAAAAUUACAGGAAAGUCCACAUGAUUACUAAAAGGGUGUUUCCUUGGAGUGGAUUAUACCUUAUCCAAUGAUUGCUUGACAGUUAAUAUUUAAUCUAAUAAUAUAUAAUAUAUAAAUAUCUAAUAAAAUAUAAUUUAUUUAUUUACAAAUUAAGUUCAAAAGGGCAAUUCGUUGAAUAAUAAUAAUUCUUAAAAUGCAGUUUAAUCUAAUAAAUGUCAAUGAAUUGUAAUUAUCCAAGAAGAAUGUUGCACUAAUUCUAGGAUGUCUUCCAGUCGAGGUAGUAUAUACAUUUCAAAAAUCACUGCAUAUGUUGUAUGUAUAUGCAUGUUUACCGUAAUAUGCAGAAAAAUAAAUUGAGACCACGAUUUUCUCCUCUUUUA